AUGGCAAAGGAGUAUCAAUUCCACUGGAGACCGCCGAUACCCCAUACGUUGACGCAGGGCACCCUUUUCGACAAGUAUGAAGACGACAGCACAUGCCUGGAGCUGAACGCGCUGGUGCGGGUGGACGAGUAUGGGUUCUACCUGCACUGGAUGAUCGAUGGCCGCGACGCGUUCGUCCUUGAUUUGGCGCAGGUAUGGGAAGCCCGCCCGGCCGGCCAGCCGAAAGACGGUCGCGUCGCGUUCGAGCUGGACCAAAGGGGGCCACCGAGGGAGACACUUGAGGAACGGACUGUCUGGAUCACUUUUGGGCAGGACCUCGUCAACGUGCAGUCCAUCUAUUUGGUGGCCCAGGAUGUGGAAACAGCAAAGAUCUGGCGCUCCGGCCUCAACGACAUUCUGGCCCGCCUCAAAAUCAAGCACGUCUGCCCGACGACGAGCCUCAUGAAAUACUGGCGUUUCCUGUGCCUGUCGCUGAACGACCGGCGGAAGAUCCCGAUCAAGAACAUCAUCCGGUUGUUCGCUUCCGGAAAACCGGAAAAGAUGGUCCACAAAUGUUUGUGUGAUCUCGGGCUGGGCGGCGAUAAGGAGCGAGAAGAGCUGGACGUCGACUUAUUCACAUUCGAGAAAUUCUUGCGGUUAUACCACAAGAUUUGCCCGAGGACCGACGUGCAGGAGCUGUUCGUCAAACUCUCUGGCCAAAAGGAGUACCUGACGAAGGAGCGGCUGAUCCACUUUCUCAACGAGGAGCAGCGCGAUCCUCGGCUCAAUGAGAUCCUGUUCCCCUUCUUCGACAACGACCGCAUCCACACACUAAUAGCCAAGUACGAGACUGACGACAACUACGUUGCCAAUGGUGGGAAAAUGUCCGGGGACGCGUUCCUGCGGUUUCUGCUGUCCGACGAGAAUGCGCCGGUAUUCCUGGAUCGGAUAGAAUUGCAUCAGGAUAUGGAUCAACCACUAUGCCACUACUUGAUUAAUAGUUCUCACAACACUUACUUGACGGGUCGACAAUACGGUGGCAAAUCUUCUGCAGAGAUUUAUAGACAGGUACUCCUCUCGGGUUGCCGGUGCAUCGAACUGGACUGCUGGGACGGCACUGGCGAAAAUAAGGGCGAACCGAUCAUCACCCACGGCAAAGCCAUGUGUACAGACGUGUUUUUUAAGGACGUACUGUACCAAAUCCGCGACACGGCCUUCAUGAGGUCGGAAUUCCCGGUGAUUCUCUCCUUCGAGAACCACUGCUCCAAGAGCAACCAACUCAAAAUGGCCAAAUAUUGUUGCGACAUCUUUGGCGAUAUGCUGCUGUCGAAACCGCUCGACGAAUCGGCGUUGGAGCCCGGCGUCCCGUUGCCCUCGCCGAACCGGUUGAAGCGCAAGAUUUUGAUCAAGAACAAACGGCUUAAACCGGAAAUCGAGAAGCAUCAACUCGAGCAGUUUUUGAGAGAGGGCAAGCUCGACGAGGACGAGGAGCUGAACGAGACGCCGGACGUCGUCGGCGAGGACGCCGUAUCUCCUCCAUCCGACCAGCGUGCCCAUCCCGAGCGUGAGUCUACCCUGGUGGCCGCUUCAUUGUCUGCCUCGGCUUCUGUGGCAUCGUGUCUCUCACCGCCUGUCCCAUCGAUACAUACCUCUGGUGGAGGAGGUGGACAAGCAGAAUCCGGCAGCAAGGACGCCGACGAGGCGCACCCCGAGCUGAAGCAGAACACCAAUUUUAUGGCCAAGCUGAAGCCGUUCACCAAGAAACAGCAAGUGUUAACGAAGGAGGAGGAAGAGCGGAUAUUUGCCGAGUACCACUAUACGGGAGAAUAUUACACGGGUGCAACAACGAAUAUCCAUCCGCUUCUCUCCUCACUCGUCAACUACACGCAUCCCGUCAAAUUCUCCGGUUUCGACGUCGCCGAGCAAAACAACCUCCACUUCCACAUGUCGUCCUUCUCGGAGUCGACGGGUCUCGGCUACUUGAAGUCGUUUGCCCCCGAAUUCGUCAACUACAACAAGCGCCAGCUGAGCAGAAUCUACCCAAAGGGAGCACGAGUCGAUUCGUCCAACUUUUUGCCUCAAAUUUUCUGGAACGCCGGUUGCCAGAUGGUGUCGCUGAACUUCCAGACGCCCGACGUCUACAUGCAGUUGAACCAGGGAAAAUUUGAAUACAACGGCAACAGCGGAUAUUUGCUCAAGCCCGACUUCAUGCGACGGCCCGACCGGUCGUUCGACCCGUUCUCCGAGAGUCCAGUGGACGGGGUGAUUGCAGCGCAUUGCAGUGUUCGGGUAAUCUCCGGACAAUGGGUAUGCGAGCGAAAAGUGGGCACCUACGUGGAGGUGGAAAUGUAUGGACUGCCGACAGAUACCAUCCGGAAAGAGCACCGCACAAAAAUCAUCCCUGCCAACGGCCUCAACCCCGUCUACAACGAGGAACCCUUCGUUUUUAGAAAGGUGGUGCUCCCCGAGUUGGCCGUGCUCCGCUUUGCCGUCUACGAUGAAAACGGGAAACAGCUUGGGCAGCGGAUUCUGCCACUUGACGGAUUGCAGGCUGGCUACAGGCACAUAUCCCUGCGGACGGAGACGAACCAGCCGAUGUGCUUGCCGACGCUGUUCGUCCACCUCGUGCUGAAGACGUACGUCCCCGACGAACUGUCCACA